AUGGUUUCCAUCCUUUUUACAAAAAAAGUGUUAAUUGACAAUUCUGUUCCUCUGGUAUAUCUGGAAGAUGCUGAAGGUCUUAUAGUGAAACGACUUACCAUGUUGGAUGAUGAAGAUAUGUUGAAUUUCGAUGGGCCUUUUGGGGGUGAUUUCUGGUGGUGUAUUGUCUCCGAUCAAGGUGCACACUACACAAAAGCAAUUCUGCUCUUUCCAAACUCAAAAAAACCAAACUCUAUGAAAAGUGGUAUAGUUUUGGCAAUUUAUUAUGGAAAAGAAACGUAUGAUCUCCUCGAAAAAUGUUUCCAAAAGGUUUUCAAAGCAGUUGUAUCAAUGAAAAAAGUGACAAUAAACGGGAAAACAAGAAAUGUCGUUCAUCAUUGUACCGGUGAUAUGAAAAAUAUGGUGGCUUUGGCAGGAAUUGAAUCCUCAAAUUCGAUGUUUUGUUGUAUAUUCUGCUUUUACAAAGCAACGCUUUGCAAAGAUUGGGAUCAUUCCGAGAAUUUUCGUAUGCGAACCAAUUCAGAUCUCGUUGAAUGUGCAAUGAAAUACCAAUCGAAAAUCUUAACAUUCACUUCUGAAGCAAAACGCCACGCAUGGGCACAGGAAUGUUUUUCUUCUAUUCUUCUUCCACUCAUCUUGGUUUUAUUGUGUAAUUUUGUGCCCAGCGCUCUUCAUAUUUUUCUUGGAAUCGGAAAUCUUUUGUUGCAAUUUCUAGAGUUCGAGACAAUUCUUAUCGAUUUGAAAAAUGCUGGAUUUGAUGUUUCAAGCUUACAAAAAAGUAAUGAUAUUUCAAAAUUGAAACUGGAAAUUGAAAAAGAUGAGAAGUUGUACAAAAAAUUAGAAAAAGAAACCAAAGUAGAGCAACGAACCUUAGAAUUUUUGAAACAAAUAAACAAUAAUUUGGCAAAUCCGAGAAAAUCCAAAAAACAAUCCAAAGAUGUUCAACGUUGUUGCGCCUCUAGAUGUUUUCAUAUCGAUGCAAUUCCAUUCAAGAUCAAUCUUCCAGCCUCAAAAACCCUGAUCUGCUCGACUUGUCGCAACUGGUAUCACAGUAAUUGUGAAUUUAUUAUCUCUGAAUAUCACAUUGAUCAGGUUUCGAGUGAUUAUUGUUGUUUCGGUUGUCAAAGAUCAAGUAUGAAAUCUGGAGAACGAAUUGAGAAAUUACUCAUCGAAAACACUCAAGAACUCUCUAAAAUUUCUUCGAAACUUACCGAGCUUGAAAAGAAAAAAGAAGCCUAUGAAAAUAUUGUCUCAAAUAGAAAUGGAGACAAAACACGAGCUCUUGAAACAAUGUACAAGAGAGUAGGAGCAUACAAAAGUGCAUUUUUCACAAAAUUCAAUGGGAAUCAUCUAAGAAAAUGUUUCAAAGAUACAUCAAUCGUUCUUCUCUUUGAGCAUUUCGAAAGCCCACUUUCUCCAAAGCUCGACAAUCUCCGGAAAUCAAUGAUUAUUUUGAAUAGAAUACAAGAUUUCAGUUGUGCUUCUUUUUUGGAGGAUUCCCAAGUUCUAGAGUUACAACAAUCAAUUCGAGACUUUGUCGAUACUUUCAAGUUGUAUGCUCCUGAUCAAAAAGUUACGCCAAAAAUGCAUUGGCUAAUUCACUUGAUCGAAUUUGUUGAAAGAAAACGGACAUGGGGGUUGAUGUCCGAACAGCCAAUUGAAAGCUUUCAUGCUGAAUGGAAUAAAGUCGAGAAACGAUUUCUUCAUAUCACAGACAUCACAGAAAGAAUUUUCGCAAUGAUUUCUUAUUUUUGCUGCAAGCAUUUUUCAUGA